UGUCGUCACAUCCGCAAAAGCGUUGCAUAUUCACCCACUCACAGCGCUGCCGCAAACCGUAACCGAAUAACCGUACAACCGGAAGCCGACGCAAAAAUCGUGAUAUUUCUUUCGGAAUCAUAGUAUGUGUUCGGCCGUCGGUGAACACAUUGUUGCGUUGUCAAAAUAUUUGCAGUAGCCGAAAAAUUCAAAAAAUUACGGAAUUAUACGAGUAUACUUAGUGCAGUUUACGACGGCACGGCAGCCAAAUUAUAGCAACUCGAAGACACGUGCAAAAAACUGAAAAAAAUUAAAAAUUUAUUUAUUACUAAGAAUAAUAUAAAAAAAAAUAAAAUUAAAACCAAUAAAAACCCAACGUUCAAAAAAUAUAAAAAAAAACCAAAAAACAUAUUAAUAAGUAAAAUAAAAUUAAUUAAUCGCACACUCCUCCAAAUACCGACGGCAUUUCGUGCACAUAUACGAGCAUAAACAAUACCGUCGGUAUAUACUUAUGUACAUGUUCGGUAUUCUGUAUGAGCGCGCAUCCUUUAAACGUCAUUAAAGACGGUGCCAAGUCAGCCUCAAAGGCUGAAAAGUGAAUACACACCUGCCUACGCACAUACCCACACACAUAAGUGUUAAUUUUAUUGCUGAUGCUCAUUUCCGUGCGUUGUGCGCGUGUAUGUGUGCGUCCGUGUAUGUCAAUAGAUAAUUACAAAAUUUGUUGAUGUUUGUGUGGAGUAGUCUGCAUUAUAUUAGCAUUACAAUAGUAAACGUGUUGCAUUAGCAAUGAUGCAAACUUUGAAACCGCCACCACCACUAUUACAACACCACCAUCAACACCAGCCGCCGCCGCAGCCACAGCCGCAGCCUCAUUCGUCAUUGGCCUCGUCAUUGUUUAGUAGCAGCAACAUUUCUAUUAUGAAUAAUCAUAUCCAUCAGCAGCAGCAACAACAACAACAACCACAUCCUCUGCUGCAUAAUCAUCAGAAUCCACAAACGAUGAUGCAACAACCGCAGCCCAGUCACCUAGUACCUCCUUUGCCUACGCUGCCAACGCUGCCUAUAUUGCCGCCGCUGCCGCCUACACUGACGCCACAGGCUCCCACAAUAAUGAAUAGCAGCAUAGGUAAAGCUAUUGGUAGUAGGAGUAUUCUACAGCAUAAUCACAAUUCCACAAGUCAACAGCAGCGGCAAGACAACAAUAACCUGACUGUUGCCGGUGUCCAUCUUGACGAUGAACCAAAUCCUGAAAUGGUGCUCGCUUUGAUCUCAAGGAAUCGUGCGCUCGAGGCUACUAUACCAAAAUGCGGAGGCUGUCAUGAACUUAUACUAGAUCGUUUUAUAUUGAAAGUGUUGGAGCGAACGUGGCAUGCGAAAUGUUUGCAAUGCAGCGAAUGCCACACCCAACUAAAUGACAAGUGCUUCUCGCGGAAUGGGCAGCUUUUCUGUAAAGAAGACUUUUUUAAACGAUAUGGAACAAAGUGUUCCGCAUGUGAUAUGGGAAUUCCGCCAACGCAAGUGGUACGGAGAGCGCAGGACAAUGUCUACCAUUUACAAUGUUUUCUAUGUACAAUAUGCUCUCGAACACUAAAUACCGGUGAUGAAUUUUACCUUAUGGAAGAUAGAAAACUAAUAUGUAAACGUGAUUAUGAGGACGCGAAGGCGAAAGGACUCUACUUAGAUGGCUCAUUGGACGGUGAUCAACCAAACAAACGACCUCGUACAACAAUUACAGCAAAACAAUUAGAAACACUUAAAACAGCCUACAAUAAUAGUCCUAAGCCUGCACGACAUGUACGAGAACAACUAUCACAAGAUACCGGACUGGACAUGCGAGUCGUUCAAGUUUGGUUUCAAAAUAGGAGAGCGAAGGAGAAACGACUGAAGAAAGAUGCUGGACGAACGCGAUGGAGUCAAUAUUUCAGAUCAAUGAAGGGUAACUGUUCUCCGCGUACGGAAAAAUUCCUCGACAAGGAUGAAUUGAAAGUAGACUACGACAGUUUUAGUCACCAUGAUUUAAGUAACGAUAGCUACAGUACGGUCAAUCUAGGUUUAGAUGAAGGUGCUUCACCACAUAGUAUAAGAGGAUCUUAUUUGCACGGUAGUUCCAGUCCACCGCAAUAUCCUACUAGUCGAUCACCACCACCUGUGGGGCACAAUCACUCAUUUGGUUCAUAUCCCGAUAAUAUUGUUUAUACAAAUAUAGAACACAAUACAUCAUCGAAUAAUGUGAGCGCGUCAAAGGCACAUCGCGUACAUGGCAGUGCAGUUUCGGAUUUGAGCAAUGAUUCUAGUCCAGAGCAGGGCUAUCCUGAUUUUCCACCAAGUCCUGACUCCUGGCUGGGCGACUCAGGGAACACAUCGAAUCCGAAUUCGCAAACACCAGGCGUUCAUUACUGAUACUCGUACACACGCAUAUUGCUUAAGUACUUGCAAAUGCGCAACUACUCGUACUGGCGCGCCAAACAGCAUGAUCAUGAAUACAAAUACACACACAAAAUCCUAUAACAUUAAAUACUAAUUGCUAUAUAAAUUAAUUAAAUAAAUACAUGUAUAUACAUACGUACAUACGUACAUACAUGUGCAUGUGUGUGUUUAUGUAUAAUUGCAUAUUCUCACAUUUUACGGCAAACUCUAUUACACUUAUUUAUUUACACAGUAUUUUUAUUUUGUAAAUUUUAAUAUUACUAUAUGUCUUUACAUGUAUAUUUAUAAAAAUGUAUAUGUAGAUGUUUUUUGUAUGUAUGUAAGUAUUGAAACAAAAUGUAAUUGCUCAAAAAGCCGUAUUUUAAUUUAAAAACUAUUCAUGUUAAUUUUUUAUGUAUUUCUUCAUAAGAAAUCAAGUGAUUUCGAUUUGUUCAUGGGUAAAAAAAACCACAAAAUUCAAGGAAAAUGUGUUACAAUUUGUUCGAAACAAUAAAAAUCCACGUAAUAAAUAAAUGUAAAUAUUGUAUAUACAUAUAAGUAAACAUUAGGUAUUCGUGUAAAAUAGAAAGCAUUUAAACUUAAUGAGAAUAGGCAAAUUAUUUAUUAAAACAUAUGCUUUAUACAAACUAGUAAAUAUCAUUUACGAGAAAGUGAUGUCAUGUUUAUAUCUACAUGAUUACCUAAAAACUAUUUGACACACAACAAAAAAUAAAGAAAACUGUUAAGAAUAA